CGGGAGCGGCACACAGGAGCGCUUUACGCGGCGUCGAUCGCUCGUUUGACCUUUUCUCUUCUCUUAUCAUUUAUAUUUUAGUUUUUUCGUAGCGUUUUCAGUCACUAUAAACAGGAAUGACGCUCGCGAACACGGUCGUAGAGUAAGCAGAGGUGAGCUGAUCUUUUACUUAAGCACAUUAUCUGAUUUUUUUACCUUGAAGCACGCGGAAAACCCCCCAAAGCCUGCUUUUAAAACCCAAAGCACGAGAUCGUGCUCCUCACGCGAGAAGCCAAGCGCGCGCGGAAUAAUAAACACCGCGAGAGCGUGUUUUGGGGAGAGAACCCCGGUCAGGUGACGCUCGGUUUGUGCUCCAUGAAAGAGAUGCUGUCAGUUAUUCAUUCUCAGAUCACUGCUGCUUUCAGAUCAGCCGAGCAGCUCCGAAGAACAUCUCAAACAUCAUGGAGUUCUCACUGGCUCACCCAGCUGUGAAAGCGUUCAUGUGUGGCUCCCUGAGCGGGACGUGCUCCACGCUGCUCUUCCAGCCCCUGGACCUGGUGAAGACGCGUCUGCAGACCCUUCACGGCGUCCAGCCCGGGUCGGCUCGGGUCGGUAUGGUCACGGUCUUUGUGAGCGUCCUGCGGACGGAGAAGCUCCUCGGCCUGUGGAGAGGUGUUUCUCCUUCGUUUGUGCGCUGUAUUCCAGGAGUCGGCAUCUACUUCAGCACGUAUUUCACUCUGAAGCAGCGCUUUUUCGCUGAUGGGGCCCCGGGGCCCUUGCAGGCUGUACUGCUGGGAGCUGGAGCCAGGUGUGUCGCAGGCGUCUGCAUGCUCCCCGUCACCGUCAUCAAAACACGCUUCGAGAGCGGCCGCUAUAAGUACAGCGGUGUGUUAGGAGCGCUGCGGUGUGUGUGUCGGACGGAGGGACCGAAGGCUCUGUUCUCGGGUCUGACGGCCACGCUGCUGAGAGACGCACCGUUCUCCGGGAUAUACGUCAUGAUCUACAGCCAGGCCAAAUACUCCCUGCCACCAGAGAUCAGUGAGUCGUCUUACUCUCCGCUGGCUAACUUCAGCUGUGGUGUUCUGGCCGGUGUUCUGGCGUCUGUUGUAACCCAGCCGGCAGACGUAGUGAAAACACACGUUCAAGUGAGUCCAGAUGUCUUCAGCAGGACAUCAGACGCGAUUCGAUACAUUUACAAGGAGCAUGGUUUGGUGGGGUUCUUCCGCGGCGCGGUUCCUCGCUCUCUCAGGAGAACCAUGAUGGCGGCGAUGGCGUGGACGGUGUACGAGCAGCUGAUGGCUCAGAUGGGUCUCAAAUCGUGAGACCGAUCAAAACCACAUCCUGCACUGAAAGAGACCGCUUUCUUUAACUGACUGUGGUGCACGCCGUUCCUGAACGUUUUAUUCUCAAUUGUAAUCGUGCUGUAAACACAGGUGUGAAUUUUUCAAUGCACUUUACGUCCACUUCUGUUGUAAAUAAUGCUGCUUAUGUUGUGCUGCAAUAAAGUUUUUAUACGACAUUCUGUAUGUUCAAACAUAUUACAACAUUGCAUAUAAUAGCCGCUGUCUGCCGGAGUAUUGAAUGAGUUUUCACUGUUUACUUUCACUUUCGUUUUCGUUUUCGAGAACGCCUGUAAAAAAGCGCAUCUUACAAAAUCAUGUUUUUCAAUGAAUUGAGGAUCGGUUGAGCAUCAAAUCCUUCAGCAUGGUCUGUCAGUCACCUCUCUACAGAUUUUUCCCCAGGUUGAAAUUUUAUUUAAUAAAUUGUUUAAAUGAAAUGUUUGGAAUCUACCUAUGAUAAAACUGUAAAGAGAUACAGGGGUCACUGAAUAAACUACAUUUAUUUUUA